AUGGUAGAUAAUUCUGAAACCCCCGCUGAGCAAGGCUACGACGUUGUUGAGAAGGUGCCCACCGAGGCCACUAUUGUGGACGACCAAGUGAGGUUGGGCACCGAACAGCUUGAGCGGCUCAGUCUACGUGAGCCGAGUGGCACUCCUCAGCCUGGUGGACCCAAGGACCACAAGAAGCACAAGAAACAUCGCCGAGGUUCCACCUCCAGUUCUUCGUCCUCUUCGAGCAGCUCUUCGGAUUCGUCCAAUUCGUCGUCGUCAGACUCAGACUCCACCAGCAGCUCGUCUGAUGGCAUAACCUACUACAUGCAGUACAAGGGCAAGAAAACCAAGCUCUUCAAACACAAAUUCCCCUUCUUUGGUCCGCCGAAAGGCAAGGGCCAUAAGCACGGGCAUGGCGGUCGCGACCGACCUCCCAAUGCGGUCCGCAAUUUGCUGCGCAUCCUGGCGGACUUCAUGGGUUCGGAGGACCUCGAGGUCCUCCUGGCACUUGUGGUCUCUUCGACCCGCACUGGCAUCACGGACACAGCCUUGGACCCUUUGGCGGACGAGGUGGCUUUGGAGGCCGAGGUGGCUUUGGCGGGCGCGGUAGAGGUAUGCCUCAUGGCUUCCAUCACGGCCCUUUCGGACGUUAUGGCCAUCAUUUCGGAAACGAAAACCACAUCCCUCACCCGUUCGGCGACCCCUCUGUCUAUCCUCCAGGUGAAGAGCUCUCUGGCUCUUCGUCCGAAUCGGACGGUCACUCAGUCCACAAGGAGAAGGAAGGACCUGCAUCUCCUCGUGGCUCGCAUGCCCCGCCCGUUCAUCACAUGCCCGCACCCCCGCCUCCGCACGGCAAUCCGGGACACGGUCGACACGGACCUCGACACCACGCCCACGGUCGCCAUGACCACCAUCAUCACCACGACGAUCACAGACGUGUUGCCCAUCACGCCGACCAUCAGGCACAACGAGCGCAACGCCAUGCAGAACGCCGCGCUCGACACGCUGAGCAUCAACAUGAGCGCGCCCAGCGGGAACACGAUCGACACCUCAGGCGAGAGGAAAGGCACAGACACAGGAUGGACAAACAUCACGGAAAGAUGGCUAAACACUGGACGUCCGGACAAGAGGGACGAGCUCCCUCUGGCACUCCUGACCCUCACCCUUGGGUCGAAGAGUCUGUGCCCCAAUACCUCUACCACCAAGGCUACGCGUAGUCACUCAAUCGAACACUCAAACCAAACAUCAAGGACAAUCCCUCCUAUCACUCUGAUCAGCUCUAGCCGAGGACUGUGGCGUAAAGCUCCCAAGGAAGAGGCGAGUCAAGGCAAGCUGUUCUUGAAUGGCGUCCUCAUCUCCGUAGCGAUGGAGAGUCACAAUCCGUUCCCAGUGGUACCCACCGGAUACCUCAUCGGGUCGUACUUUGCAUGUAUGCUCUACGGUCUCCAUUUGACCCAGAUCUACCGCUAUUUCUCGACGUAUGAGGAGAGCUUCUUCCAGCGAUUAAGGGUAGUAUGGGUGCUGCUCCUGAGUACAGGCCAGAUGGUCAUCAUCAUGUGGACCGGCUGGCGAUAUUUCAGCAAAGGCACCGAGAAUCUCAUGGUAUGGCAAGAGUUCCUCGUACCCCUCUCGGUUCAAGAUGGUCUGGUACCUCUCAUGGGCUUCACGGCGCAACUCUUCUUUGGGCAUCGGGCGUGGGAGUUGACAGGUCGGAAAACGUGGUUCAGAGUGCUCGUAUUCAUCAUUCCGACCAUUACUUUGGGAUUCGGCUUUGGUCUGGCCAUCUCUGCACGUCUUUGGGCUAAUGAUCCAUGGCUAUCUGCUGCAGAGUGGGCCGAAAAGACCAAAGUCGUCGGUAUUCCCUCUGAGAUCGUCGCCAUCAUAUGGAUGGCUCUGUCCGCAUUCACCGAUGGAGCCAUCACGUUCAUCCUCAUCUACAAAUUCCGUUCGCAUUCCUCUCGGUCCCCUCGACUGGCCGCGAGACUCGUGGCUUUGACUUUGGAAACCGUCCUUCUCACUCACCUAUGCGAAGCCGUCCUCUGUAUCAUCUAUCUCACCUCCCCUAUAGCCCAUAGGACCCGCUCGAACAUGUUUUGGAUCCUGUUGGAGGUGACCAACGAGCUCUACGCGCUGUCGAUUCUCUUCACCAUCAACUCGCGACGCCAGCUCAAGGAAAUGACGCGAUCCGGAGAGGUCUCCACCUCAACCGGCCAGGGAGAAAGCAUGUGUGUCGAUUUUGGAGUCAGCGGCGUUGAGCGCAGGGUUGAAGGGUACCAGGGCGACACACCGUUUGGUGUGCAAAUGUCCGAUGUCCGAGUCAACUUGUACAGCCCUGAGAAUCAGGCCUACGGCGGCAUAUACAGCCCUGAGGCUUCAUCGAACGGUAGCAACAGUCAAUCCAGUGGUAGUGAAACGAAAGCAGGCACUCCCGGGCUGGAAAUGGGCUUUGGGCAGAGCGAUUAUGCGUUCUUGCCCAGUCUCAUGUCUCGGGGGGCGAGUGACUCGACUAACGGUGGCGUUAUAGACUUGCCAAAAAAGGGGCAGUAG